AUGGGCAACGCUCGCGUCCUGCGCGACAUCAAGGCGCGCCACGGCGUGAACGCGACCGAGAUCCUCCGCCGCGCGUACCUCUACGUCGCCCGCAACCAGACGCUGCCGCCGCAGGUGCGCUUCCAGGCGCAGCUCCAGCUCAACACCUUUGGCCGCUACGAGCGCCCGACCGCCGUCAAGAACCGCUGCGUCGUCAGCGGCCGUGGGCGUGGUGUCAUCGGCGAGUUUGGGCUCUGCAGGUACCAAUUCCGCAUGAAAGCGUUGGCAGGGGAGCUUCCCGGUGUACGGAAGGCAAUGUGGUAG